AAGAGGCCGUGUCCUUUCCCAAUUGCGGUCCCCUCGGCAACAAGAGCUGCGAAGCGGCGUUCCGGAGAUCCGGAGCGAUGAGCAAAGCGUGGCGGAGAUCGGAAGCGGGCGGCGGGAGAAUGGAGGGCGCCGGGAGGGGUGACGAGGAUGAGUCCAACAGCCAUGGGUCCCACAAGAAGAAGCACAAGAAGCACAAGAAAAAACACAAGAAGAGACACCAUCGUGAGGACGGAGGCCUUUUGGCAGCGGAGACAAGCCCUGCUCCCCCAAAGCCUCAGCUGAAGCUCAAAAUCAAGCUGGGAGGACAGAUCCUGGGCACCAAGAGUGUGCCAACCUUCACUGUCAUCCCCGAGAGGCCCCGCUCCCCGUCCCCACUGAUGGUUGUGGAUGAUGAGGAAGAGCCCAUGGAAGGCGUGCCCAUUGAACAGUAUCGAGCUUGGCUAGAUGAGGACAGCAACCUGGAGCCCUCCCCUCUGCCAGAGAUCGACUCUGAAAUGGGUUUCCCGGCCCGUGAAGAGGAGGAAGAGCAGCGCUGGCUGGAUGCCCUGGAGAGGGGCGAACUGGACGACAACGGGGAGCUCAAGAAGGAGGUGGACGAGUCUCUCCUGACAGCCAGGCAGGUGAGGAAACAGUGUGUCUUUUGGGUUGGAGGAAGCAAAGCGCAUGCCAGGAUGAGGCGUGCGGUGGUUGGGAAGCCUUGCAGACCUGGAAGGCAAGUAUGGAUUUGGGGCAGACCAUAUUGACCCUUUAGACCUUCUGUAUAUAUGUCCCCUUCCUGAAUGGCAGCAUCGG